AGAAAAGGCUAAAGUACUUGAACAUCUUUUGGCGAAUCAAAACCUAUCAGAUGAAAUUAUUGCUGGUGUUGCAGAAUGCGUUGAAACUAUGAGUUCCUCCAAACAAAUGGGUGAUGUACUUCGACUCAUUGCUAAACGCUCUGAAUUAUCGGAAAUACAGUUUCGAGUGAGUGUAAAAGCAACCGGUGCCAUCGCCAAUGGUUAUGAAAAAGGAUCUGCUCUCAGAGCAUUUUCGAUGCAUGAACAAUUUACUGUUCAACAUUUGGAUGUCGUUCUUUCGGUCGCUGCAACAAUAUCUUCUAGUACAGACAUGGCGAAUGUAUUUAUCGAUUUGGCAAACAAUCGUUAUUUGAACUCCAGAUAUUUUCCAUCAAUUUUAUAUGGAAUUAAAGAAAUUGCGAAUGGUAAUUGUAAAAGUAAUGUGUUGUGUGAACUAGCACCAAGACUACCAAAAACCGAUGCUAAUGUACUACAAGCAUACCUGAUGGCGGCUAAUUCAAUUUCUUCAUCUAAAGACAAAGCGGCAGCGACGAUAGCGUUCUCAUUUCACCCUGCAACAAUGGGCAGUAGACAACAAGGUAAUUCUCUUAAGGAUGCAUCAGGCGAAUCGUAA